AUGCCGUCUGUAGCUAAUUAUGUGGUCGAUAAGAUCGUACUAAUGCAACUAUUCGCACUUCUGAUCCAGUUACAGGAGCCGCCUGGUUCAAACUAUGAUCUUCAUAGACGUUUAGAACUUAUAUUAAACUAUGAUCUUCAUGGACGUUUAAACUUAUCCUUAUUCCCCGAAUCGCUAUUGAA